AUGCGAACCCCGUCCCAUUCCGCUUCUCCGGAACGAACCUUCAUAAAUCUUUCCACCGAUCGAAAGGGUCUUAAAUGUAGUAUUGGUCGACGUAGAUCCACAUCAAGUGUAUCGCCAGGCAAAAAAUCGAUAGACCACCUAAAUAGUGACUGGUUUAGAAACGAGGCAACGAAUACAGAGGACCUGAGUACUCGCGAAAUUGGCGUCGACGCCCGCCUUGUUGACCUGGACAAGGAACUCGACCUACUUUUCAUCGGCACCAACUUCAAGACACGAUUGGCUGAUCUAAUCGACGAACUGGCCCUUGUAAGAGGCAAGCACGAGGAACUGAUGCACCAAUUGCAACAUAGAUGUGCCAAAAAUAUCGCCGAAGAAUCUGACACAACGAAAUGUCAGGAAACUGAGCUGACGAAGGCCAAUGAAGAAGCACAGGAGAACGCGCUUGAAAAAAGGAUGUUAAAGAGCCAAGCCUUGGUGAUUGAAGAGUUGACAGCCAACAUAGAAUCCCUAAAGAUGCGUUGGCCUUUAAGUGCUUCCAACUUUUCCAAGGCCUCGAAUUCCGGUCUGGAAGAUGAAGUGGAGAGGCUGAAGUUGGCCCACUCGUUAGAAAUGCAACGUCUGUUCACCGAGAUGUCGACAAUGGAUCGCGAUGUCAGAGCGCAAGUCGCGUGUCUCGAGCGACAACUGGGCGAACGGAGUCAGGCCGAGGAUUGUAAAAUUCAACUCGAGAAAGUCGUGAAGGUGAGUGUCCGGUUUCUCGUUGAAAUUCGCCAAAACCUUCUGAAGCAUGAGCGUGUCGUCAAAAUGACCUACGACAAGGCCUCAAUCCUGCGGCAAAUUUACGGAUUUUGA